CGCGAUACGUCCCCCACUCCAGCAACAUGGCGGCGUAGAGACGUUGUUGUUAUUGUUGUAUGUAGCUUUUGUCUGAACGGAGCAAAAAGAAACGAGCCGAGAGAAGGCAGCUCCUAUUCGUGCGGGCAUGAAAGCAACAUUUGGAGAUAAUGCUCAGGUCCACCGGGUUUUUCCGAGGGAUUGACUGUCCGUUUUAUGCGGAGGGCAGCGCGGCUAGCGGCAGCAGGAGCGGCUGUGGGAGACCGUACUGUCACUUCAGACACAGCCAGCAGAGGAGAGCUACAAACACCGACAGCAACACCAAGGAACAAGGUUAUGAUCCAUUCAACCCAGAAGUCGUGAGGCCUCAAGAGCAGCAGGAUGGAAAGCCGGCUGCUUCGGGUGACAUCAGUGGUGCUCUGGAGCUGGUCAACAAGGCCAUCGAGGAGGUCCGCAGUGAGGUGGAGAGGGAGAAGAGGAAGCUCUCUCGGAUUGGGGAUGAUCAGUAUAAUUCCUGUGGGAUGAACAAUUCAUCUGCAUCAGAUAUUAAAAAUUGUGCAGCAGCGGGCUCCCACUUAGCAUAUGACCCCGGGGAAUACCAGCUAACAUCAGGAGGAUAUAAUCCUACCCCUCGCAGCAGCAAAUACACCUUGGACGCAGAUAUCCAGGGGAAUCAAUUGAACUCCUUGGAAUAUGUUCCCACAUUACUGAAAAAGCCUGUGAGUCGGAUGCACAUCCCCCAACCCCCCGCUGCUCCUGUCAGCUCAAAGUAUUUGAACAGCCUGCCAUCUAAGUGUAAAUACACCGUGGACAAUUCUAAACCAUCCACAGAUAUGGAAUAUGACCCGCUUUCCAAUUACUCUGCUCAAAUCACAGGGAAGAGGAAACGGGAUGAGAAUGCACACACUGCUAAACCUGAGGACAAGAAGACGUGCAAACUGUCUGGGUCAGAUGAGGAAUAUGUUACAGCUGUGAAAAAACCACGGCAGGAGAAAAUAAAUACAAAUAAAUAUACUAUUUCUGAGUCUGAAGGUGAGAGUUCUGAAACAGAGUAUCGGCCCAGCUCACUCUCCAGUCUCCUGCAGCGGAAAGGCAACAGCAGUUCAGUUGGAGACACUGCAGAGAAGGAGAUUCACGAGACAGCAGAGGGGGCAUUAAAUGUAGUAACACAUGGAGCUACAGAGGAACAUAGAUAUCAUGCCGAGGGGCAACUGGACUCAGGCAUCUUGGAAGAUGUUCAGCAAAAGGACAGCCUAGAGGUUAAGAAGUUGACCAGUCAAACGGGUCUUGAAAAAAGUGGCAAAUCUGCAAAAGUGCAGAAACCUGAAAAGGAAGUAAAGAAACCAUCAAGUAGUAAAGGUAGUAGCAGCAGUAAGGACAAAGAGUUGACAAAGAAGGCAAGUCAAGACUCUGCAAAAAAGGAGAACAAGAGUCAUGGGAAGACAGAUGAUGGGAAAAGCACAGUUAAGGUUAAGACAGCUGAUAAAGUUGAGAAACGAGAGAAGAGAAGUGAUAAGAUCAGGGCUGUGGAGAAAGUAAAAACAGGGUCAGGCAAACAGAAGAAGGACAUGGGGAAUGUUGCAAAGGAAAGCAAGAUACUUAAGACAUCAGAGAAGGAAAAGCAGCACAGUAAACAUAGAGAUCACCAACACAAAAACGGUCAACUCCAUAGUGCUAAAAGAGAAAAGGAUCAAAAGAAAAUUAAUAAGCAUAGUUCGAACAGUGUACCUAGUAAGAGUAAAGCUUUGAGCAGUAAUGUUAAGGGGAAGCGAAGCGUGAGCCCAUCAAAUGGGAACAAACUUAAGGACAAACGGCAGACUGUAAGUCUGAGCCACGCUGACCUGUUUGGGGAUGAGAGCCCAGAGGAGGCUGAACCAAUAGAGGUGCACGACGAUGAAGAAGAAGUAGAGGAAGUGCUGGUGAGGAAAUCUGCCAAUGCGUUAAGGCGCGGAUGUCUGAACAAGAGGAAGCUAUCAGCCAAGACUCAGUCAUCCUCCGGCGAUGAAGGUCACCAUGGUGUCGGCAGCAUCAGCACCGACAAGGAUGAGGAGAAAAGUGACAGCACUGACUUUUCAUUUUUUCAAGAUCUGGAUUUUGAGUCGGAUCCCAUGGAAGAGUGUUUACGGAUUUUCAAUGAAUCCAGUGAUGUGAAGCGGGAAGACAAGGGAAGGCAGGCUAAACAGUCUUCUAGGGACCCAGAAGAGGACAGAAUCACAGACAACACUUUAACAACUCUUUUUCCAGGACAAAAAAAGAGAGUCUCCCAUUUUGGUGUCAAAGGAAAUACUGAUGCAGCUCCUAAGCCUGUAGUGCGACCAUACAGGAGACCCACAGCUCAGGAAGUUUGCUACCAGCGUAUGCAGUUAGCACAGCAGCAAGUUGCUCAGCUUUCUGCUGCAGUCACAACCACCUCCCCAACUUCCAGCUCCACCUUCUCCAAAGAGAAGAAGAGAAUAGCCCACCGCCCCAACCCGCUGAACUCAUCCUCCAAAUCAAGUCCUGCAGAUUCCAAAACAGCAAGCAGUCAAGUUUUGUCCCUGAGCCAAAGCCAGCAGUCUGUCAAGGCCCAAACCACAGCUGGUAUCUUGUCCAAGACCUUGUCCACUGCUGCGCAGAAGAGAGUGGCUCACACACCCACCAUGAAGAGCACUACAAUGAAGCGCCCGGUUAUCCCCACUGAGUUCGGGGCCAAAGUACCGACCAACAUCCGUCAGCGCUACCUCAAUGUUUUCAUAGACGAAUGUGUCAAAUUUUGCACAUCAGAAAAUGCUGCCUUUCAGAUGGCUCUCGAUGAGGAGAAGCUAGUAUACGAACGGAGUAGCAGUAAGAACAUCUACCUCAAUGUGGCUGUCAACACACUGAAGAAGCUGCGCAGCGAGAGCGGCUCCUCCGCUAUGCCCAUCACCAAAGUUCAGGCAUCUGUGGGUUACAGGAGGGCACAAUCCCAUGAAGGUGUGCUGGGAGGUCGUCUCGCUGCUACAACCAGUUUCACUGUGAAGAGGAUGGGGAAACCACAGGAGGAAUCCUUCACUGGAGCCGCACUGUUCCGCAAACUGAAGGCGUACUUGAUGACCGAGGAGGAGCUGCAGGAGCACGGCUACCCAAGAAAGAACCCUGAGGCCCCUGGCAAGGCUAUCAUAAACAACCUCCCAAAGAAAAUGACCACUGCAGACCCAUUCAUCAAGAUCUGUUGUCGCUGUGGCACAGAGUAUAUGGUCAACAUCAGUGGCAACUGCGUUCGCAAAGAGGAAUGCAACUACCACUGGGGACGAGUGCAUCGACAAAAAGUUGCUGGGGGUUGGGAGACCAACUACAGCUGCUGCUCCGGAGCUGUGGGUUCAACAGGAUGUCAAGUCUCCAAGCAACAUGUUCAAGAUGGACGUAAAGAGUGGCUAGAUGGCUAUGUCUCCACGUUCAGUAAACCUCCAUCACCUGAUGGUAACGGAGGAGUGUUUGCUUUGGACUGCGAGAUGUGUUACACAAAACAAGGCCUGGAACUGACGAGAGUGACCGUCAUCGACUCUGAGCUGAAAGUGAUCUAUGACACGUUUGUCAAACCAGACAGCAAAGUGGUCGAUUACAACACGCGAUUUUCAGGCGUGACAGAGGAGGACUUGGAGAACACCACAAUCACUCUGAGAGAUGUUCAGGCAGUGCUGCUUAGUUUGUUCAGUGAUGAGUCCAUCCUGAUAGGACACAGCCUUGAGAGUGACUUCCUGGCUCUGAAGUUAAUCCACAGUUCAGUCGUAGACACAGCCAUCGUGUUCCCUCACCGCCUUGGCUUACCCUACAAACGUGCCUUGAAGAACCUGAUGGCCGACCACCUCAAACGUAUCAUCCAGGACAACGUGGAGGGCCACGACUCAAGCGAAGAUGCCUCUGCCUGCAUGGAGCUGAUGAUUUGGAAACUCAAAGAGGAUGCAAAGGUCAAAAGAUGACCUCUGACCCCUCUAUUCCACUGCCUUCACUGUUGCAGGAGGAAGGAAACAUGUCCACUAAAUGAUCCUUGCACUAUUGAACGCUCUAAUGAUACAGGGCCCAAGUUUAAGUACCUCAUUUGUGUUCUAAACCUUCACUUACAAUAAGUAAUAAGUUACUUCUUCUUAGUUAAAGUGCAGUGAUGUCUGCUUCUGUUGGAUACUGCGACAUAAACACACUUGUGUUUUUGUUGUUGCACAUUUGUCCUCACUGCUACCAUGUUUACAUGGUGCAUCAGAUAAACUUAAUUUUAUCAUCGCUCUCUCUGAAUAAUCCUUUAACACUUGAUGAAAAUACAGCAAAAAUAUAAUGUUGCUACCUGUUUGAAGCAGUAGAUCAGAUAUAAUCACUGUAUUUUAUAGUGUCUGUCUCCUUUUCAUGUGCAAACAUGAAACAUAAAGAAUAAGGCGAGAGUCACUGUGGGAACGGGUAUGACACCGUUAUUGCUCCAUAAUGAUGGUUUGGCUCCUCGAGUGACAGUUGAUUCUGGGUUAUUAUAUGCAGACAGUUAUCAUUUAGUUAUCAGCUAACCUGUGCUGUUUAUUCCAGGAUGUAUAAAUGACUGAAAAUGUAAGAGUUUUGUAAAUAUGCUGCAAGCUGCUUCAUUUUGUAUGCGUUCAUUUUCUUUUUUAUUAUUAUUAUUAAAAUGUAUGUUUCCAAAAAGAUGCUCCUCUGCCUUUGGAAUUGAACAAUUGUUGCACAAAUACUUUCUGACAGUGUGACAGCUUUUUCUAAGUGCAGCACCGGGCCUCUUGUAGCCUGUCCGUGCGUGCAGAGUGUACAUGGUCUUAACAGCAGGUGCAGAAGCUGCACGUCUCCUUUCUUCAGCAGAUGUGUACAUUGGGAGGGGGCUAAAAAUGGGAGUGAAAUGCUAAACUGAGAGGCCCAUCUUUUCUUCAGUGCGUUUGCCUAUUAAGCUCCUAUGGUCACAUGUCAGUAUACAUUUCCCCAGGCCACAGACCCCAGGUAUUAAAAGACCCAGUUAGCUGGGAUCAAUACCUACAUAAUGUUCCAGUGACAGGGAGGGGGGCUUCCUAGUGUUUAUUGAGUAUUGCAGAGAUUUGAACAUGUGGAGAAAAGCAGCUUAAAGGGGUCGUCUUCAUUAUCAAAUUCGAUCAGUGCCUCCCUUUAUCUUCCCUUGAUCACCUUUCACUAGUGGGGGUCGCGAGGGGGAAGUGAAGGGCUGCAAGCUGGCCGCAUGCUGAGAGACAGCGAGCUGCUUUAUCUCUGCUAGAGGAAG